UUGGAUGCCGCAGCCGCCGCUGCCGGCGCUUCCUCGUCCGUCUCCGCCGCGCGCGGCGGGAUCCUGCGGCCCGAGCGGCGGGCGGGGGAGGUGAAACCGGCGCCGGUCCAGGGAGCGGGGUGGCGGAGACGGGGGAGAGAGAGAGAGAGAGAGAGAAAGAAAGAAAGAAAGAGAAGCCCGAGUCCGGGGCGGACGACCGCGGAGUCCGGAGACAGCGAGCCGGGCGGUCGGCGUGGCCCCUCCCCGCCCGCGGCCCGCCCGCUCCGGCCGCCCGCCCGCUCCGCCCUCGCGGCCAUGCCGGGGCCCCGCCGGCCCUGAGGGAGCCCGGCCGCGCCCGUGCCCGCCGGGGCGCCCCUGCUCCUGCUCCUCCUCCUCCCCCGCCGCCCCCGAUCGCUCUCCCCACCCCGCGCCCUCCGCCGCCGCCGCCUCUUCCGCCGCCGCCGCGCCGCCAACAUGGAGGCCGUGAAGACCUUCAACAGCGAGGAUUGUGCCUCUACUCCUGCUUGUACAGACUGCUUUUCCAGCAGCAUGGACACAAGAAGCAUACUAUAUUCUCUGAAUGACUACAAACCACCGAUAUCUAAAGCAAAAAUGACCCAGAUUACUAAAGCAGCAAUCAAAGCAAUUAAGUUUUAUAAACACGUGGUACAGAGUGUUGAAAAAUUCAUUCAGAAAUGUAAACCAGAAUACAAGGUACCUGGACUUUAUGUUAUAGACUCCAUUGUACGACAGUCUCGACACCAGUUUGGUCAAGAAAAGGAUGUGUUUGCACCCAGAUUUAGUAAUAACAUCAUUAGCACUUUCCAGAAUUUAUAUCGCUGCCCAGGGGAUGAUAAGAGUAAAAUAGUGAGAGUGUUAAAUUUGUGGCAGAAGAAUAAUGUAUUUAAGAGUGAGAUUAUCCAGCCUCUUCUGGACAUGGCGGCUGGGAUUCCCCCUCCAGUUGUCACACCUGUUUUGGCCAGUACUACUGCUGCUAUGAGCAAUACCCCAGGAACUCCUGUGACACCUGUCACUCCCGCCAACGCGGUGCAAGGAUUACCUGACCCUUGGGUAUCACAGAUAACAAACACAGACACACUUGCAGCUGUGGCUCAGAUCUUACAAAGUCCUCAAGGCCAACAGCUCCAGCAGUUAAUACAGACUCUGCAGAUACAGCAGCAGAAGCCGCAGCCCUCCAUCCUGCAGGCCCUGGAUGCAGGUCUUGUGGUUCAGUUACAGGCUCUCACGGCACAACUCACAGCUGCCGCUGCGGCCGCCAACACCCUUAAUCCUUUAGAACAGGGUGUGACCUUUAACAAGAAGCUGAUGGAUAGGUUUGAUUUUGGAGAAGAGUCUGAACAUAGUGAAGAACCCAAAAAAGAAAUUCCUCCUUCUCAACACUCUCAUGUUUCAGAAUCUGUGAACAAUUCCAUUUUUCAUCAGAUAGCGGAACAACUACAGCAGCAAAACCUUGAACAUCUCAGACAACAGCUCCUGGAACAGCAACAGCCUCAAAAGGCAACUCCUCAGGAUAGUCAGGAAGGAACAUUCGGGUCAGAGCACUCAGCGUCACCAUCACAGGGGAGUAGUCAGCAGCAUUUCCUUGAACCUGAAGCAAAUUUGGAUGAUUCCAUAGAUAUUCAGCAACAGGAUAUGGAUAUAGAUGAAGGCCAAGAAGGCGCAGAAGAAGAGAUCUUUGAGCAAGAAGUAAAGAAAGUGGCUGUUCGUUCAAGAUCAAGAACACAUUCACGAUCCCGCUCAAGGUCACCAAGAAAACGAAGGUCUAGGUCACGAUCUGGUUCUCGAAAACGGAAACACAGAAAGCGAUCGCGUUCCCGCUCAAGAGAGAGAAAGAGGAAAUCCUCUCGGUCCUACUCAAGUGAAAGAAGAGCUAGAGAAAGGGAGAAAGAAAGACAGAAAAAGGGACUACCCCCAAUCAGAUCUAAAACACUCAGUGUAUGUAGUACUACUCUCUGGGUCGGUCAGGUGGACAAGAAGGCGACACAGCAAGAUUUAACUAAUCUGUUUGAAGAGUUUGGGCAAAUUGAAUCCAUCAAUAUGAUUCCUCCCAGGGGCUGUGCUUAUGUCUGUAUGGUUCAUCGGCAAGAUGCAUUUCGGGCUCUUCAGAAACUUAGUUCUGGAUCCUAUAAAAUCGGAUCCAAGGUUAUUAAGAUUGCCUGGGCUUUAAACAAGGGUGUAAAAACCGAAUACAAACAAUUUUGGGAUGUAGACCUUGGAGUUACAUAUAUACCAUGGGAGAAAGUUAAAGUGGACGACUUGGAAGGAUUUGCAGAAGGAGGCAUGAUUGAUCAGGAAACUGUAAAUACUGAAUGGGAAACUGUGAAAAGUGCCGAACCUGUGAAGGAGCCCGUCCAGACGACUCCGAGCCCAACUCCCGUUGAGAAGGAGACGGUGGUCACAACACAGGCAGAAGUCUUCCCUCCACCUGUCGCUAUGUUGCAGAUCCCGGUAGCACCUGCCGUGCCUGCAGUGAGUUUAGUCCCACCCGCGUUUCCCGUGUCCAUGCCUGUUCCUCCUCCUGGGUUCAGUCCGCUCCCUCCACCCCCUUUUCUUCGAGCAAAUUUUAACCCCUCACAGCCUCCUCCUGGUUUCAUGCCACCUCCAGUUCCACCUCCUGUCGUACCACCACCUACUAUUCCACCAGUAGUACCAACAUCUCUCGUGCAGCCGCCGCUGUCCAUGACUCCGGAAACUGGGAAAGAUGUUGCGUUUGGCGGCCUUGUUUUGCCAGGCGGUUCUGUUGCCAGCGGUCUUGCUCCUUCUGCUCUGCCAGCUGGAGCUAUCUUCAAUCCUCCAACUAAACCAGCAGAGCCCGAAGAAAAAGUACCUCAUCUUCUAGAACAUCAGAUUUCUUCCGCUGAAAACCCCAGACCAGUGAUCCCAAAUGAUAUUUCAAAUAACCCUGCAAUCUUAGGAGGCCAACCACCAAAUGUGACAAACAAUUCUGGAAUUCUGGGAGUCCAGAGACCAAAUGUAUCAAGUAACUCUGAAAUCCUUGGAGUCAGACCACCUAAUGUUUCUAGUAAUUCUGGGAUUAUUGGACCCCAGCCACCAAAUAUUUUAAAUAACUCUGGAAUUUUGGGAAUACAGCCACCAAAUGUGUCGAGUAGUUCUGGACUUAUGGGCGUGCUACCCCCCAAUAUCCCUAACAACUCUGCACUCAUAGGAGUACAGCCACCAAAUGUUCCAAAUGCUUCUGGACUUUUGGGGACACAGCCACCCACUGGCCCUCAAAACCUACCCCCUUUGAAUAUUCCUGGUCAAAGGAUGCCUGCAAUGCCAAUUUUAGACAUGCGUCCAGGACUAAUGCCACAGGCACCUGGACCGAGAUUCCCUCUACUCCAGCCCGGCAUCGCGCCCCAGCGGGGACUUCCUCCUCCAUCUGUACUUGAUUCAGCUCUUCACCCACCACCUCGUGGCACUUUCCCACCAGGGGAAAUCUUUGUUCAGCCGGAAAGACCGUUCCUCAUACCUGGAAGGCAAACUAUAGACAAUGUCACUAAUCCAGAGAAAAGGAUACCAGUUGGGAAUGAAAAUAUCCAACAGGAAGGAGAUAGAGAUUACCGGUUUCCUCCCAUAGAAGCCAGGGAAAAUAUGAAUAGACCACCCCCAAUGGAUGUUAGGGAUGUAGUCGGACGGCCGGUAGACCCAAGAGAAGGUCCCGGAAGACCUCCACUAGAUGGUAGGGAUCAUUUUGGAAGACCUCCUAUAGAUAUAAGAGAGAAUCUUGUAAGGCCAGGUAUAGACCAUCUGGGUCGAAGAGACCACUUUGGUUUCAAUCCAGAGAAGCCCUGGGGGCAUAGAGAUUUUGACGAGAGGGAGCAGCGUGUUAUACCUGUGUUUGGUGGUCCAAAAGGCCUGCAUGAAGACAGAGGUAGGUUUCGACCUGGAACCUAUCGAUUUGAUCCUAGAAGUGGUCCUUGGAACAGGGGAUUUGGACAAGAAAUUCACAGAGAUUUUGAUGACCGCAGAAGACCCUGGGAGAGGCAGAGGGACAGAGAUGACAGAGAUUUUGAUUUCUGCAGAGAAAUUAAUGGAAAUCGUCUUGGACGUGAUAGGAUUCCAAAUGCCUGGGUCCCCCCUCCUCAUCCUCGGGUGUUUGAGUUUUUUGAAGGGGCCACUUCUCAACGCAAAAGUGAAAACGUGCCUCAGGUUAAUGGUGAGAAUACCGAGAGACAUGCUCAGCCGCCACCUCUGCCAGCACAGAAUGAUUCCGAACUCUAUGAGAAACUGACACCCGCAAGUGAAAUAAACAAGGAGAAGAGUGACACAGGCGCUGAUAUAAAAAGUGAACCAGUGGUAGAAAGCACAGAAACUGAAGGGACAUAAUCAUCACUCAGUAGGCAAGAUGAUGAAUGACGUUCUGGCAGGCUCCUGUGUGUCCCAGGCCUUGUAGAAAUAAAUGAGACGUUGCCUCAAAGUUCUAAGGUGCAUCACGUCGGAUCUUGUUUAAGGAAGCAUUAAAAAGGAAGCCACCGUUACCUAUUGAGAAGGCCCUGGUGCCCUCAGGCCUGGUUUCUGAGUGAAUCCAGAGGUUGCAAGCAUGCCUCCCUGUAUUACCUGUUGGAGCAGGCUUAAUUUUAUAAAUUUUAAACACAAACUCUAUGAGUUUCUAGUUCAUAAUCGUUCUUUUUGAGGAGCCACUCAGAUGAACAAUAUCGCAUCUGUAAGAGAUACGCCCUUCCAGCGGACCAGAAUUGACUGACUGGAAUGUCAGUGAUGACAGACACCAUCUUAGCACCGUCCAGUACCAGUGUACCAGUGUUGGAAAGGACAGAUUGCAAGGACGCUCUCCCUGGCAAGAAGGUCACGUUGUGUUGACACAGCAGACUGCCAGAAUUAUAGUAGGCCAAGGUUUCUUUUUCUUUUCUUUUUUUACUUUACUUUUCUUUUUUCUUUCUUUUUCAAUUUUUUUUUCUUUUUUCUGGAGCACCACACACAGAGACUUGAAUCUUGAUCCUUGACUCUUAAGUCAUCUCCUGAGACACUCUCCAACACAGGAAGUAUUUACAGAGAAAAAAGAAAGAAAGAAAGAAAGAAAGAAAGAAAGAAAGAAAGAAAGAAAGAAAGGAAGAAAGAAAGAAAGAGAAAUCCAGGGUUCGAUACAGUCUUCCGGGUAUUUCUCUUCAGCCUCCAGGUCCCGUCACUUCACACACGGCGGGCAUCCAGGUGGUAGGUGGCCCAGAAGCCUAGUGGGAGUAGAAGGCCAGGGCUGUGCGUGGGCACGUAGCAUUGUAGCAAACUCAUACUUUAUAAGUACAUUUCCUACUCACUUCUUAUUCAGGCAGAGCUUAUCAGCUACAUGUUGCCAAGUGUCCAGACCAGGAUUAUUUGUGUUGUGGGACUAAAUCAGUGUUCAUGAUAAUCUGCUGGGGAAAGAAAUAAAUACAUAGAAUGCAAACAAACAAACAAACAAACAAACAAAAAAAACACCUCAAAUAAGAGCACUCUUGACACCUCAAAGAAUAUUUUUUAAUCAUCCUUUGAAUUGUUUUUUGUUUGGCUCUUGUCACAAAUUAAAGUACUUGGAAUGCUG